GGCGCGCUCACCUUGUUGAUAGUCGAUAGCUGCUGUAAAUUGACUCGUUUAACUUGACUCCUAACUUUGUUGGUGCUUUGAAUUAAAGACAAGGCAGCAGAAAACAGCAACAUGUGGAUACUGACUCCGCUGCAGCCUGCAGGUGAGACCCACUAUCUGCUCUCCACUAAAGAGUAUGUGGUGGGGCGCAAAAACUGUGACAUCAUCCUAUCCAACGACCAGUCUAUCAGCAGGGCUCAUGCUCAACUCACUGCGACUGACCAGACCCUGACUCUGAAAGACACCUCCAAGUAUGGUACAUUCGUCAACAGCCAGCGCUUGACAGAGAACACGCCCGUGACCCUGAAAUCAGGGGACAAUCUAACAUUUGGGGUUUUUGACAGCAAAUUCAGUGUGGUCCAUCAGAAGCCAGUGGUGUGUUCGUCAUGUAUGGAGAGCGAUGGCAAGGCAUCGCUCUCUCGGGACCUGUCGGCUCUGGGUGGAAAGCUGGUCAACAGCUGGUCUCAGGACUGCACCCACCUGGUCAUGCCGUCUGCUAAAGUCACCAUCAAGACCAUUUGUGCUCUGCUGUGCUGUCGUCCACUUGUGAAGCCAGAGUUCUUCUCAGAGCUCAGCAGAGCCGCUCAGCAAAAAUUACCCCCUCCUAAAGCUGAGAGUUUCACCCCUGAGCUUGAUGAGCCCAGCUUGAGCAAAGAGGAUGUUAACCUUGGAGCUGUUCCAGUUCGCAAACAGCUUUUCACUGGAAAGACCUUCAUAUUCCUCACUGCCAAGCAGCUGAAGCGCCUCAGUGCGGCAGUGGGUUUUGGAGGUGGCAGGUGUCAGCUUCUGGAGGAGGGCUCUCUGCCCCGGGACCUGCUGGAGUCUCCACAGAGCUGUGUGAUCGAUACUACAACAGGCAGCUCCCAGGCUCUGCUUCCUGCCUCCACUACAGAGUGGGCAAAGGCUGUGAAUAACAUUGUUCAAAGAAAGGGCCUCCGAGUCAUCACAGAAUCUGAAAUUGGUUUGGCUGCCAUCCAUGCUUCAUGUGAGCAGUACUGCAAUCCAUCCAGUCUAAUUCCAGACUCAGAGUCGGUACCAAAAGUGAAUCCCAGAAUACCAACUGCAUCACUGUCACAAAGCGUGGCGGUGGAGGAGACUGUGUUACCUGCAGCGUCUCAGAACAUCACAGCUUAUGCAGUCAACACAGAGCCAUUACAGGGGACAGAGCUAAGAGAUGUUACAGGGGUAACGGCAGUAGGGGAGACUCCUGAGAAGAGGCAAAACCAGGAGGCCUGUCAGCUCCGUGGAUCCAAACCCAUAGCUCAGAAGGCGGCCGAUGAGUGCGUCAUGGCUGAUACAGCGAGCGUAUUGUUCAACACUGCAGAGAACAAAGACUCGCAGAGGAAGAAGCCCGAGUCCAAACUGACAGUUUCCGGUGCAGGCAGCAGUGGCUUUAGGUCCCAGCCAUCCCAGCCCACGACCAACGGUGGCAUGAAGACGUUCCUACAGAAGCAGUCUCCUCAGAAACAAAAGAUCUCUCCACAAGCUUCCCCGCAGAAACAGUCAACUCUGACCAGUUUCUUUCAGCCAGUCAACAAGAAAAGGCCUUUGGAGGACGAGCUCUUUGCUGUUGUGUCAGAGCCAAAGCGACCUGUACUGGCAUCAUCCAUCAGCAUACAGGCACCAAACACCUCAGCUGCCUCCAAAGAAACACACACAUGUUCAGACCGAGUCCCUGCAGCAACAUCCCAGACUCCCCCGGCGUCAUCGGUGGAUCUUUUUGCAGAGCGGUCAGAGGCUCAGUCACGCAGGGUCUCCCACGCUGUCCAGGAGCAGCCACAGAGCAGAAAGAGGAAGGAGAUGGAAGCAGAGAUCCAGAUGGAUGAGCUGGAGUCCAUCAUGUCUGAGGAUAUGGACUGCUUUGAUGAGCAGCCCUCAGAUAAUCAAGGCCAGCGAGCACAGCCACUAAUGCACAGUUCGGUUGGAAAGCAGCAAGUUAUAAAUACUUCAUCUUCAAGCAAGAGGCAGCGGGUCCACCUCGAAGAAAACGUAACCAACAAAAAGCCACAGGUGGGCCUGAAAAAAGAGUCGGGUUACCACAAGAACCACAGUGAAAAAUCUGAACAGCAUAUCAUCUCCAUCAAGACAGAGAAGGUUGAUCCUUCAGAACACGGGACAACUUAUCAGGAGCCUAGCAAACGUCCACAAGUGUCUUCUGCCAGUACGAGUAAAAACAUUGAGCCUUUUGACGAUGAUGAGACGUCUUUCAUUGAGGACUUAGAACUAGUCCAAGGAGAUAUUUCACAGCCUAAAGAAGAGCCUAAGACUCCUUUGAAACCUGUCACAAUCAAGCAGGAGGUCCAGGAGUCGAAGAUUGACAAGGACCUUCCUCAAAAGUUGCUGUCAGUGGAGUUUCGAUGUCUCGCUGUGGCUGCAACUCCCAAAACCAAAUGUUUCCGCAAGAUGUGCGUGCCAGGUGCAAGGGGCCCACCUCACAUCAUUAGAGGGUCUGAUCUGCUGGUUCACAACAGGGACAAGAACACUGAGCUGGAUGAAUGGCUGAAAGAUGCAGCUGAGGAGGAGCGUCAGAGCAGACGGGACGAGACUGUGGGAGAUGAGCUCUUCAGGUACAACCCCACCAAACAAUCCAGGAGAAGAUGAAAUGCCUUCAUCUUGGUGUCCUUCAGAGGAAAUUCAUUUCAAAGGCAUGCAAAGAAUGUAAAGCUCCAUUUACACCAUAUGACAAGAACUCCAGAGAUCAUUUGACAGAUAACUCUUGAUGCUUGUAUUUCAAUUGUAAUGUUGAUGAAUGCAACACAGAGUUACCUGCUUCAUAACUGCUUAUAUGAUAAGAAAGCUUUGCACACGUUUUGUUCUGUUGUUCUUUUUGUUUUAUCUAUACUCUGUGUUAAUUAAGCCACUGACAGCAAGCAAUGUAACAAAACAGUCUCACAUUCAGAGAUUUUUCUCAUAGUUUUUAUUUGUCAAUAAUUAAAAAAUGUGGCAUACAAAACAUUAAAAACUCUUCAAUUGUACAAGAGAGCAUUAAAACUCUGCAUGCUUAAGCAGCUAUUCCUUCGUUUUGAAGUUAAGACCAAAUGUGUUCCCUGGUUUUAGCUGAACUAGAAAGUUAAACCAUUUUAACUUCAAGUUGCCGUUUUUAAAAUGCUCUCUGAUGAGCCAACCCUACAGGCACUUUUACAGAUCUGAAGCUGUUCAGAUAAGUAGUCGUCAUGCCAAAACAUCUUUGAGCCUUUCUGUGCAGAUGGUUGAACCCCACCUGUCCCUUCACAGUCAAGGCAAGUGCCGUACGUGAGUUGAGAGUGGACUCAGCAUUCAGCUAGAAUUGUGCAGUAACAAGUCAUUUUUUCAUGGGCAGCAGAGUCCCAAAAGGAAGAAGGAGACUGGCUUUUCCACACAGUUCUUUUCUCUCUAGCAAUGGGAUUAUUUUAAAUAUUUCUUUGUGUAUAAAAGCAAAUUUUCUACUACUACUUGCAAGUUGCUUUCUAAAAUCCAUACAAAUCUGUACUAAACUGUAAACUACACGGAUGGACACGCAGUAAAUCUGCCGGUGCAAGCAGAUUGCUCUGGGAGCUGACACCAGUGGACAAUUGUGUCCAACCUGGAUGUAACAGGAUCAUAUUGUAAAAUUUCCUUUAAGCAAAUUCAAACCAAUAAUAAGAGUUAUCUGCACUUUUCACUUGUCGCCCAGUCUCCUCUGCAGUCCUCUAAUGUACUGCCUUAAGACUCUUCCCACAUCUGCCUUCAAAGCACUUUCCUGUCUUCUGCUCACAGCAGCUGCUGCUAGGCAAUGGUUCAUGCCUGCAUGCAUAUAUUUAAUAUUUAUAUCAAAAACAAAUUGGUCAAAAAAGCAUAAAGGAAUCAUUCAGCUGAAAUUCAAUAUUUAACACAAGUAACAACAUUUUAACUAGUUAACUGUUAUAUGAGUACCAAAACUUAUACAGCAAUGUGUUAAACUACUUUGUUAGUGGAAAAAGUAAUGUGUCUACAGUAACAGGUUAUUUAGUAAUGCUUUCCCCCAACACUGACUCUACCAUAUUAUGCUGAAGGGAGCAGAGGAAGAAAAAAAUCCCAACUCAGGGAUCAAAGGUUCACAUCACAAUAAACAAACUUUGACUGUGCGUGAGCGGCGCACAAAAGAAUUAUGCAUAUGGCAUCACACUCUUGCAGACGGUGUUUAACUGACUGAAAGGAGGGAAAAUAUGGCCGUUAUGAAGAAUAGAUUGCUACUGUCACUCCUCACAACCUGUCUAAACUGUUAUUUGGCACUUAACAAAACAAUAUUGGCUGUUUACUGUGAAGCUGUAUUAGAAAAUGGAAGAAGAGUUUAUAUAUACACAUGCAGAGUUGGGCAAUAUGAAAACAAAACAAAUUAAUGUUACUGGUUGUAUGUCAGAAAUAGUUGUGCGAAAGGUCUGCCAUGGUCAUUGUCGUGUAAACUGAAGAAAGUUAUAUGCUAUGUUUCACAAUAUGAAGAGAAACCAAUGAUAUGACCACAGUGAUAGACAGUAAGUGAUUGACAUAUUGCCUAGACAGGUUGAUUAGAGUGAAAAGUUCCAAAAUGGAGCUUAGAUGUUAGCCUUCACACGGUUAGCCACAGCAUGUUAAAUGGCAAAAUGCAAUAUAAAAAUACAAAGAGGAUGCUAAUAUCGGGUUUGCAAAAAAUAUAGAUUAUUUGAAUGGCAUAAUUGUAAAAAAAAUGGGCAUUCUGCAAGUGUGCUCUUCAGUUUUGUCUUAAAGUUCCCUCUCUCCUUGUGUAUCUAUGUGGGUUUAGAUUCACAUGAACUAGCACUGAAAAUUGUUGUCAUCGUAGCGUCUACAUAAAGGGAUUAUGAAGGCAAGAAUUGCAUUACUUUUUCACUAUAUUCUACUCGUGAUAUAAUUGGCAAUUAUUAACUUAAAGGACCAAACUGGUGUUUUAAUUUCUACAAAUCACAUUAUACCUAUAAAGAACCUUCUCAAUUUAAAAAGCAUUGGUUAAUUUGAUGAGAGGUUUCUACAGUGUAUGUCUCAGAAUUGAAAGUUUCAUUCACAAUAUUUCUGGAAAAGCAAACCCAGAAAAAAAAAAUAGCCAAUCAUUAUCAGUGGGCCAAAGA